GAAUUUUUUAGUGCACCAUUUUGUUAAGUAAGGAUUAGAGCGUCGAAUGUUUGAAAUGUUUGGUCAUAAUUACACAUGGUAUUUACGCAGGUAUCACUCCGCCAGAAAAGUAGAGACCUGUGUAUGUGUUUCAUGUUUCCAAAACAGGUCGGAUGGCGGGUGCAGCAGCCUAAGCAGGGAAGGCCAGACUUCCCUCUCCCCAGCCACUUCAUCCAGCUCCUCCCGAGGCAUCCCAGUCUUUUCUCCCGUGCAAGUGGGCGGGCCUCUGUUUGUGUGCGACUACCAGUUCAAGGGCGAGGACCCCGUGGAGGUGAUUGACAGCUUGAAGGAAAUGCUGGACAUGGAUGCCGCCCACAAGGACUUGGACACCCGGCUGGAGAUGGCUGCUGAGAUGCUAGAAGUGCACCAAGCGGCAGAGGCCGCUGUGGAACACACAGAAGUACACGAGCCCAAGACAAAGAAGUACAUAGUUUCGAAUGAAUGGCAGAGUUUUCCUGGUCAUGCGGGUCAAACGACCUCACAAGUUCGGAAGGGAAUUUGGUCCGCCGACAGCCAAACAGCUCCCAAUUUGUCGCCAUCUUGAAGACAAUGACUGUGCUUGGGACUUGUGGGUCCAGUCUAGGAGUUGAAGUUGGAGCGUGCAUCAUGCUGAGCAAAGAUCUCCCCGACAUUGAGAGCAUCCUGGCUCUCAAUCCGAGGGUGAAGACCCACGGUCAGAUCAUGUCCACAACCAACAAGAAGAAAGAAAAGAAACACUGGAAGCGAAACCCUGACAGGAGUUGUGGUUCCUGUGUGAAGUUGGAGAACAACUUUGAUGACAUCAAACACACAACCCUGAGUGAGCGAGGAGCUCUCCGAGAAGCUCUGAGGUGUCUGAAAUGUGCAGAUGCUCCCUGUCAGAAGAGCUGUCCUACCAACUUGGACAUCAAGUCAUUUAUUACAAGCAUCGCAAACAAGAACUACUAUGGAGCGGCGAGGUCCAUCCUGUCUGACAACCCGCUGGGUCUGACCUGUGGAAUGGUGUGUCCCACGUCAGAGUUGUGUGUGGGGGGCUGCAACCUGUACGCCUCCGAGGAGGGGCCAAUUAACAUCGGGGGCCUGCAGCAGUUUGCCACCGAGGUGUUUAAUAAGAUGGGCGUGCCUCAGAUCAGAAACCCUGAGUUAGCGCCCCCCCAUGAGAUGGCACAGUCCUACCAUGCUCCCAUCGCCCUGAUUGGCUGUGGCCCUGCUUCUAUCAGCUGUGCCUCCUUUCUCGCCCGCCUUGGAUACGAUGACAUUACCAUCUUCGAGAAGCAGAAAUACACCGGAGGGUUAAGCACAUCAGAAAUCCCCCAGUUCCGCCUCCCUUACGAGGUUGUGCAGUUUGAGAUCGACUUGAUGAAGGACCUGGGAGUCAAGGUGGUGUGUGAGAAGGGACUUGGCGUAGACGGAAUGACUCUGACUUCUCUGAAAGAACACUACCAGGCUGUCUUCAUCGGAAUCGGUCUCCCCCAGGCCAACAGAGCACAAAUCUUCCAGGGUUUGACCAUGGACCAAGGCUUCUUCACUUCCAAAGACUUCCUGCCCAUGGUGGCCACAGCCAGCAAGAGCGGUAUGUGUCAGUGCCGCUCUUCUCUGCCCGCCUUACGGGGAGUGGUGAUAGUCCUGGGGGCCGGCGACACGGCCUUUGACUGCGCCACCUCCGCCAUCCGCUGCGGCGCCAAGAGAGUCUUUGUCUGCUUCAGGAAGGGAUUCACCAACAUCAGAGCAGUUCCUGAGGAGAUGGAGUUGGCUAAGGAGGAGCGGUGUGAGUUCCUCCCCUUCCUGUCCCCCCGGGAGGUCAUCAUGAAGAACGGGCGAGUCGCCGGCUUGCAGUUUUGUCGCACCGAGCAGACUGAGGAUGGCGACUGGUUGGAGGACGAGGACCAAGUAGUGAGGCUGAAGGCGGACUACAUCAUCAGCGCCUUUGGGUCCAUGCUCAGCGAGCCCGCAGUCGGCCACGCCUUGGCCCCGCUCAAGCUGACUCGCUGGGGCACGCCCGAGGUCAACGGCGAGACCAUGCAGACCAGCGAGCCCUGGGUGUUUGCCGGGGGAGACAUCGCCGGACUGGCAAACACCACGGUGGAGUCGGUGAACGACGGCAAGCAGGCCUCCUGGCAUAUCCACAGAUACCUUCAGUCCCUGCAUGGCCAGACGGUGGAGGCCCUUCCAAAGCUGCCGUUGUUCUACAGCGCCAUCGACCAGGUGGACAUCAGCGUGGAGGUGUGCGGACUCAAGUUCCCCAACCCGUUCGGCCUGGCCUCGGCUCCUCCCACUACCACGGCAGCCAUGAUCCGCAGAGCUUUUGAACAAGGAUGGGGCUUCGCGCUGACCAAGACCUUUGGACUGGAUAAAGACCUGGUGACCAACGUGUCUCCUCGUAUUGUGCGCGGCACCACCUCUGGUCACAUGUACGGUCCUGGUCAGGGAUCUUUCCUGAACAUUGAGCUGAUCAGUGAGAAGACCGCAGCCUACUGGUGCCAGUCAGUGGCUGAGCUCAAGAGAGACUUCCCACAAAAUGUGGUGAUUGCAAGCAUCAUGUGCAGUUAUAACAAGGAGGACUGGACACAACUGGCCAAGAUGGCUGAGGACUCAGGAGCUGAUGCCUUGGAGUUGAACCUGUCCUGUCCUCAUGGCAUGGGAGAGAGAGGCAUGGGGCUGGCAUGUGGGCAGGACCCCGUGUUGGUGCGGAACAUCUGUCGCUACGUGCGAGCCGCCACCUCCAUCCCCUUCUUUGCCAAACUGACACCCAACGUCACCAACAUUGUGGACAUUGCCAAGGCCGCCCAGGAAGGUGGAGCAGAUGGUGUUACAGCCACAAACACAGUCUCAGGUUUGAUGGGACUGAAGGCAGACGGCUCGCCCUGGCCAAGUGUUGGAGCUGGCAAACGCAGCACCUAUGGAGGCGUGUCAGGUAAUGCCAUCAGACCCAUUGCUCUUAGAGCUGUCUCCGCCAUCGCAAGAGCGCUUCCGGGCUUCCCAGUUCUGGCCACUGGAGGGAUUGAUUCUGCAGAAUCUGGCUUACAGUUUCUGCACGCCGGUGCCUCAGUGCUACAGGUAUGCAGUGCCAUCCAGAACCAGGACUUUACCUUGAUUGAGGACUACUGUGUGGGUUUGAAGACCUUGCUCUACUUGAAGAGCCUUGACCUAAAAGACUGGGAUGGUCAGUCUCCUCCAACAGAGAGACACCAGAGGGGGAAACCUAUUCCAAAACUGCAAGAAAUGGUUGGACAGAGUCUCCCCAGUUUUGGCCCCUACCUCCAGAAGAGGACGGAUGUCAUCGCUCAGCACAAGAAAGAGCUCUUAGGUGCCAGCGGUGAAGAUGUCUUGGAAACCAAAGUCACAAAAACUGGAGCACCUAAGAAACCAGUUCCAGCUGUCAAGGACGUGAUAGCAAGAGCGCUGCGCUACAUCGGAGCGUACCAAGAACUGAACAAUAUGGAGCAGGUCCAGGCUGUGAUAGAUGAAGAGAUGUGUAUCAACUGUGGGAAAUGCUACAUGACUUGCAACGACUCGGGCUAUCAGGCUAUUACCUUCGAUCCGGAGACCCACCUUCCGGCUGUAAAUGACAGCUGUACCGGGUGCACUCUGUGCCUGAGUGUCUGUCCAAUCAUAGACUGCAUCAAGAUGGUUACCAGGACAACCCCCUACCACCCCAAGAGGGGUGUGCCCGUUAGUCCUGUCUGUUGAAGGACAAGAGUCGACUAAAAUAUCACCGUUUCAGGCCUUAGACAUAGUUUGUUGUCGUGAUAUGUCACAGGACAGUCGUCCCUCCUUUAUCCCAACCAAUUGGUUCCAGGCCUGAUUGUAGUAAACAAACUUCCGCAAAGUAGGAUUCAUUUUAUUUUACCUCAUAUUGUCGUAGUUGAGCUGUGUACGACUUUCUGAAUAAGUGGAUAAACAUAAUUAGGCAUGAAAAUAGCAUCCAUAUAGUCACCUUUACACCCGUUUCACCCAUACUGGGGAUUAGGUAAAUAAGGAAAUUACCUUAGUAGCCUUGAUUACAGGACUCUGGUAAUGCAGAGGAUCCAUCAAGCUAUGACCUUUGUCCGGCUGGUAAAACACGGCCAGGAUGUUAAAGUACUUUGUCACAGCCUGGAUAAUUCAGCUAAGUUAGAAGUGAGCUAAGUUAGGACUAAAAUGUCAUGUGCCGAAACCACGAGCGUAAGUUGUUCUGCAAAAACUUGAUCAACUUGACAUUCGUAGCUACCAUCCCUUGCAUUUGUCGUUAGCAUUCAGUGUUGUCGACAUUCCACAUUGAUCCCGUCAAAGCUGUUACUGAUGUCAAAUGAAAGACUUCCUCUCCACUUAGUUGUUGAUUGUGGAAAGCAGUCUCGUUAGCGUGACUGCUACGACAUCGCUCGCGCAAAAGUCUCACCCAUGUGGACAUGUUUUAUUUUUAUUUUUUUAUGUAUGAGACAGGAGUUGAAGAUGGAGUCCGUCAAAAAGUUGGUCAGCUUGAUUUUGUUGGUGAAGAUAGAUUAGCGCUGGGAUUAGCCGCUCGUGUUGUUGUUAGCAUUGUUCGCCACAGCAUAUUAAUUGAAAACUAGAAGAUUCCUGCGGAAAAUUUGAUGGGCCUACUGUCUGUUUCCUGAACCUCUGGCCAGGUUCGAAGCCGGCGUACGUCCAGGACGGCACACAGUAUCCAAAUCCAUGAUUUUUAGGUUCAAACAUACAAAAUAAGCACACAAAAAAAAACUAGCGUAAAAUGUUUGCAUGCUAACAUUAGCAUGCUAUUGUAAGAGACUUUAGUAUACUAGCAAGAUGGUGGCAAGUUAAAAAAAUCAUGAUGUUUAGGUUAAAACAUUAGCUAAAAAGCUAGCAGAAAUGUUAGCAUGCUAAUAUUUGAUCAGGUAAAAAACACAUUUGUAUUAUUUUCUAAAAAGCUAGCAUGAAUCAUUAGCAUGCUGUAUGCAGUAAAAUAGUAAGACUUGUAUGCAGAAACAGACUAAGACUUGUAUGCAGAAACAGACUAAGACUGGUAUGCAGUAAAAGACUAAGACUUGUAUGCAGUGAAAGACUAAGACUGGUAUGCAGUAAAAGACUAAGAAUUGUAUGCAGUAAAAGACUAAGACUUGUAUGCAGUAAAAGACUAAGACUUGUAUGCAGUAAAAGACUAGGACUUGUAUGCAGUAAAAGACUAAGACUUGUAUGCAGUAAAAGACUAGGACUUGUAUGCAGUAAAAGACUAAGACUUGUAUGCAGUAAAAGACUAGGACUUGUAUGCAGUAAAAGACUAGGACUUGUAUGCAGUAAAAGACUAGGACUUGUAUGCAGUAAAAGACUAGGACUUGUAUGCAGUAAAAGACUAAGACUUGUAUGCAGUAAAAGACUAAGACUUGUAUGCAGUAAAAGACUAGGACUUGUAUGCAGUAAAAGACUAGGACUUGUAUGCAGUAAAAGACUAGGACUUGUAUGCAGUAAAAGACUAGGACUUGUAUGCAGUAAAAGACUAGGACUUGUAUGCAGUAAAAGACUAGGACUUGUAUGCAGUAAAAGACUAGGACUUGUAUGCAGUAAAAGACUAGGACUUGUAUGCAGUAAAAGACGGCACUAGUCCCUUGAUCAGUUAGGAAAAGAAUGUGUGCUCCUGAAGAUGUUUGAGCAGCACCACAUGUGCCAAUUAGUGGUUUAAUUGUUCUUCGUGGGAAUGUUUGUAGAAGUGGUUUGAAGUUACUUUUCUAUCAAUCAAACCUGUUGAUUAAAAAUGAUUUACAGUACAUUGAUUAUUUUGAAGAUAUUAUUGGGCCUAAUUGAGUUUUCUAUCAGAUGUUACAAUUUCAUUGGGAACCAAUAAAGUAUCCAACCUAA